CUGUAACCUUGAAUCAGACCAGCUUUAGCUGCUAUAAAAUUCACGGAAUAAUAUAAACAAUUGAAAAAAAAAAAUCAUAAUUGAAGAUUGGUAUAUAAACUGAAGAACGUCGAGAUUAAAUCAAAGUCUGCGAAGAUGGCUUCCUAUCGAGUUCUGCUUGUACUGGUUUUCGUUGCUUGUGCUAUAGAAGCAUUUCCUAGUAGCUUGACAGUAGAAAAGCCUAUUGGAGAAAAUACCAAGGUUCUCAUCAUUGAGCCUGUCAAAGUUCCCGAUGUAACUAGAGAAAAACGAUCCCCUGGUGGCUUCGGAAAGCAUGGAGGCGGAGGCGGCGGCGGAGGCGGUGGGGGUGGAUUUGGUGGUGGCUUUGGUGGUGGACUAGGAGGAGGAGCAGGAGGUGGUUUUGGUGGCGGAGGAGGUUUGGGAGGUGGCGGAGGAGGUUUUGGAGGUGGUGGCGGUAAAGGAGGUGGUGGUGGACAUCAAGGAGGUGGACAUCAAUGGGGUGGACAUCAAGGAGGUGGAGAUCAAUGUUGUGGCAAUCAAGGAGGUGGCAAUCAUCAAGGGGGUGGACAUCAAGGAGGUGGUUAUGGUGGUAAAGGUUAUGCAUCGGCAUCCGCUAUGGCUUCAGCUCAGUCUGCGUCUGGAUAUGGAAAAUAAGGAUUUUCAAGACACACUCUUGACCUCGUCGCUUAAAUUUAUACUUUUUUUAAGAAGCUUGAAAACGAAAAUAAUAUUUUUUUGAAUUUGAAUUUAA